AUGUCUAUUGGAAAAAACGUCCAUCCUACUACCUUCAAUGAUACCAAUCUUACACCCCAAUCAUCAUCUACAAGUUUAAACAAAUCUCAGUCAGAAAUCUUUAUGGCGAGUGAGAGUUAUAGUUCACCGUCUCAGGAAUAUGACUUCAAGAUAAAUGAGCCACCUAAAGAUAGACCUGUCAGAGUUUAUUGUGAUGGCAUUUAUGAUAUGUUUCAUUUUGGCCAUGCAAAAGCACUUGAACAAGCUAAAAAGGCAUUUCCAAGUGUCUAUCUGUUAGUAGGCGGUAAAGGGAAGACUCUUGUAGGUAUAGAAACUCAUCAUUUGGUAGUGUGUAACGAUGAAGAAACCCAUAAGCUUAAAGGCAAGACAGUCAUGAAAGACGUUGAGAGAUAUGAGGCCGUUCGACACUGCAAAUGGGUUGACCAAGUGAUUGAAUCAGCACCUUGGACUGUCACAAAAGAGUUCCUUGACCUUCAUCAAAUUGACUAUGUUGCGCAUGAUGCAGAGCCAUACCAAUCAACUGAAUCUGGAGAUGUGUAUGCCUUUGUCAAAGAGCAAGGUAAAUUUUUGCCUACUCAUCGUACUGAUGGUAUCUCUACUUCUGACUUGAUUACACGUAUUGUUCGUGAUUAUGACAAGUUCCUGAGACGCAAUCUUGAGCGCGGUGUAUCUCCCAAAGACCUUAAUAUUUCUUUCCUAAAAGAGCAACAAAUCAAGACUCAAGUGAGCAUCGAAAAAGUAAAAUUAAGUUUGAUAGAGCAAUUAGAAUUAUGGGAGAACCAGAGUCAUCAUUUUAUUACUGAUUUUGCAAGUUUAUUUGGUAUUGAAACAGCUGUGGGUAAUUUUUUGGCCAGGACAAAAUUAAUUCGUAGUGGGCCUAAUACCCCCACUAAUAGUCAUCCUAAUUCAAGAAGAAACUCAGAUCAAGAAGCAUUAUAA